AUGAAAGUGCUAAAAGGCGUCGCGUUCAUCGUUCUCGUCUUUUUUUCCUCGCUCCUCGGGACCGUCUUCCUGCUCUUUCCGCUCAUCCCGCUCGCCUUUCUCGCUCCAAAAUAUUGGAGAUUGGCUGCCGAUCGACUCGUCGGAUUCUGGCUGACAUUUCCAUGUGUAAGUUGUGAUUAACACGGUCGCUACAAUGUUUUUUUUUGUUGAAAGUUUCCAGUCGCUGAUUGAAUGGGUGUUUGGCGUGAAGUUCCGGGUCACCGGAGAUCUAAUUGAUAGAAAUGAGCCGGCGAUUCUGCUUAUGAACCAUCGCACCCGACUCGAUUGGCUCUUUUCAUGGAAUGCUCUCUAUAAAAUGGAUCCAUGGUUGCUGACAACUGAGAAAAUCUCUUUAAAAGUAAGUGCUCACCCCCUGAAGCCUCAAAAUCAGAUCUCAUUCUCAAUAGGCCCCUCUAAAAAGUAUUCCGGGCGCGGGAUGGGCCAUGAGCAGUGGAUCCUACAUCUUCCUCGAUCGAAAUUUCGACAAAGACAAGCCGAUUCUGGAGCGCAUCGUGCAAUACUUCGCAGCCUGCGACAACAAGUAUCAGAUUCUUUUGUUCGCGGAAGGAACCGAUAAAGGAGAGCGCGCGACUCGAUUGAGCCACGCAUUCGCUGAGAAGAAUGGAUUGCCAAAGUACGAAUACGUGCUGCAUCCGAGGACCACCGGCUUCAAAUACCUGCUAGAUCUGAUGAAAAAAGGUGGGCGGAGAGAUUCGAAACGGGCGACCUCAAACGGGGGACGCUUUACAGAGAAUUAUAUCAAAAACGUUUACGAUCUCACAAUUGCGUACAGCGGGACUAUAGUAGACACUGAACAAAAACUAUUGUUCGGAGACUUUCCAGAUGUGAGUUACCCCUUUUUUCCCCAAUUUGAAUGUAUCUUUUAGAAAGUUCACUUGGACGUCAAAAAGUAUAAACUAGAGGAGAUUCCGGAAAGAGAGGGAAGCGAGAAAUGGCUCACAGAGCUCUGGGCUGAGAAGGAAAAGAAAUUGAAAAAGUUUUAUGAAGAAGAAGAGCGUUUAGAAGCCAGCGGUAACCGCUUUGAAUGGCCGGUAAGGACCACAUUGGAUGCAAAUGCACACUUCUGUAUUGCAGGAAACGACUAGCGGUGUCGGCUAUUCGGUCGCGUUCGCAUUCUGGUCAAUAGCCUCGUUUCUUUGGAUCGGUGCCAUAUACUCGCUACUUUGGGUCAAGGUAAGCAUUCGGGAGACACGCGGGGAAAGACUGGUUAUCUGUCUACUUGAUCCGUUCCGCUUCUCUUUUUCAAUUCAUUUUCCUUCAGAUCUAUGUCGCCGUCGCGAUUGCCUUCUACGUGGCAGCACUCCGCUUCCACAACGGAGCAGAGUUCGUGUUUCUCAAAUGGUUCGAAGCGCGCAGGCAACUGCACGAAAGGAGCGAUUAG